CUUUGUUCGAAAAGCGUUACUCUCGUGAUCACCUCAGGCCGGGUCUACCGCAGCAAGCUUAUAGAAGCCGAAGACAACAUGAACGUCCAACUCAGAGACAUCACCGUAACCGCACGCGACGGCCGUGUAUCCCAUCUCACUCAAGUGUACAUCUGCGGGUCACACGUGCAUUUUUUCAUCAUCGCGGACAUUUCGCGGAACGAGCUCAUGUUUAGGCCGAGAGGCACGAGGGGUGGAGGUGUUGUGUAGCCCGUGGAAAAGCAACGGUCAACAGGGCACGCGGCCAGAGGGGUGGAUACCCUUGAAAGGACGCUAGUAUUGCUACUCGAGACAGCAUGGGCUAGUAUUAGAGAGCAGCGGUGAAGGCUACGACA